AUGCAGACCCGCACACUGUCCCUGCUCGCCACGCUGGCGCUGCUCGCCGCCAUCACUACCACCACCACGCACGCGGCCACGCUGACCUGGGACUGCACCCGCGUGCCCAACAUCUGCUCCAACGACUGCUACGCCAUCCAGUGCGCAGGCAAGCCCACCACACUGCACCGCGACUCGGCCGACGCCAGCACGAAUCGCGCCGAGACCGCCUGCAAAUCGCCCAACCGAUGUGCCAACAACCCGUCUGACUCGAACUCGUGCGACGAGUACCCCUACGCCUCGUCCCAAGAAGGCGGCGCCGGCAGCGUCACUCGAUGUGUGCCCAGUACCGAGAACUCGCGCCAGGGCGGCACCCUCAGCAGCUUUUACACCAACAACGGCAUCACCGACGGAGAUGCGUACAACGUGGCGUUUGCGAGCACGAGCGGGCUGCAGUACUGUUCGGGCAGCUGCAGCAACACGGGGAAUGAGGUGAUUAAGAGGAACUUGGCGAUUGGGCCGCAGUAUGUGCCGAGGCAGUUUGUGACGGAGGAGGGGCAGGUGCUGACUAUGUUCGAGAGGGUCGACAGCCCGGGAUCGCUCGACAGCCUUGUAGGCACGCAGACGUGGCUCUCGCACGAAGAGCGCAACGUGACCAUUGUCGCCCCCGUCCCUUCUGCUCAGUAG